GAAGAGCCGAGGUGCAGGAGGCGCUUGCGCGAGCGCGCGCUCCGCCGGUUGAAAGCGGAUCGGGGCAGGAGGCGGCGUCGCGGUGUAUGAAUAUUGAUUACGCGUCGCGGCGCCCUGUGCCCGCCCCUCUCGGCCGCCCGACGCUCGCUGCUCGCGCUUGGGCUCGCGAUGGGGAAGAAGUCCCGGGCGGUACCCGGCCGCAGGCCUAUCCUGCAGCUCUCUCCGCCGGGUCCUCGAGGUAGCACGCCGGGCCGGGACCCGGAGCCGGAACCGGACGCUGAGCCGGACUCGACGGCAGCGGCCCCCAGCCAGCCCGCCCCGGCGGCGGCGACGACCACCGCCGCCUCGGUGACUGCCGCCGCAGCCCCGGACGACUCGUCUUCAGAAGGCAAGGAUGAACAGGAAGUGGUGGUGGAGGUUCCUAGAGUCGUUCAGAAUCCUCCAAAACCAGUCAUGACCACCAGACCCACAGCCGUUAAAGCAACAGGCGGUCUAUGCUUACUUGGUGCUUAUGCUGACAGUGAUGAUGACGACAAUGAUGUUUCUGAAAAGCCUGCACAAUCCAAAGAGACAAAUGGAAACCAGUCGACUGAUAUUGAUAGUACAUUAGCCAACUUCCUAGCGGAGAUCGAUGCCAUAACAGCUCCUCAGCCUGCAGCUCCUGUAGGAGCUUCUGCUCCACCUCCAACUCCACCUCGACCAGAGCCAAAGGAAGCAGCAACAUCUGCGCUUUCUUCCUCUACUUCAAAUGGAACAGACUCCACCCAAACAUCUGGAUGGCAAUAUGAUACUCAGUGUUCACUGGCAGGAGUCGGAAUUGAGAUGGGAGAUUGGCAGGAAGUCUGGGAUGAGAACACAGGAUGCUAUUAUUACUGGAAUACACAAACAAAUGAAGUGACUUGGGAGUUACCCCAAUAUCUUGCCACCCAGGUACAAGGAUUACAACAUUACCAGCCCAGUUCUGUGCCAGGUGCUGAAGCUAGUUUUGCGGUAAAUACAGACAUAUAUACUAAGGAGAAAACAAUUUCUGUUUCCAGUAGUAAAAGUGGACCAGCCAUAGCCAAGCGAGAAGUUAAAAAGGAAGUAAAUGAAGGAAUUCAGGCUCUCUCCAAUAGUGAAGAGGAGAAGAAAGGGGUGGCAGCGUCACUACUUGCUCCUUUAUUGCCUGAGGGAAUAAAAGAAGAAGAAGAGAGAUGGAGAAGAAAAGUAAUUUGUAAAGAAGAGCCAGUUUCAGAAGUAAAAGAAAUAAGUACAACAGUAGAAGAAGCAACGACAAUAGUAAAGCCACAGGAAAUUAUGUUGGACAAUGUAGAAGACCCUUCUCAGGAGGAUCUUUGCAGUGUUGUCCAAUCUGGAGAAAGUGAGGAAGAAGAGGAACAAGAUACCCUUGAACUAGAGCUAGUUUUGGAAAGGAAAAAAGCAGAGUUGCGAGCCUUGGAGGAAGGAGAUGGUAGUGUGUCAGGGUCUAGUCCACGUUCUGAUGUCAGCCAGCCAGCAUCUCAAGAUGGAAUGCGUAGGCUUAUGUCUAAAAGAGGAAAAUGGAAGAUGUUUGUUCGAGCUACCAGUCCCGAAUCUACCAGCAGGAGUUCUAGUAAAACUGGACGAGAUACUCCAGAAAAUGGAGAGACUGUAAUUGGUGCUGAAAAUUCAGAAAAAAUAGAUGAGAAUUCAGAUAAAGAGGUAGAAGUAGAAGAAUCUCCAGAGAAAAUAAAAGUACAGACAACACCAAAAGUAGAAGAAGAACAGGAUUUGAAAUUUCAGAUUGGAGAACUGGCAAAUACCCUGACAAGUAAAUUUGAAUUCCUAGGCAUUAAUAGACAAUCCAUCUCCAACUUUCAUGUGCUGCUCUUACAGACUGAGACUCGAAUUGCAGACUGGCGGGAAGGGGCUCUUAAUGGAAACUACCUUAAACGAAAACUUCAGGAUGCAGCAGAACAACUAAAACAGUAUGAAAUAAACGCCACUCCUAAAGGCUGGUCCUGCCACUGGGACAGGGAUCAUAGACGGUAUUUCUAUGUAAACGAACAAUCGGGCGAGUCUCAGUGGGAGUUUCCAGAUGGUGAAGAGGAAGAAGAUGAAAGCCAAGCACAAGAAAGUAGAGACGAGACUCUUGCCAAACAGACAUUGAAAGACAAAACUGGCACUGAUUCAAAUUCUACAGAAUCUUCUGAAAAUUCCACAGGUUCUCUUUGUAAAGAACCCUUUUCUGGUCAAGUUUCUUCUUCAUCACUUAUGCCAUUUACUCCAUUCUGGACCCUCCUUCAGUCAAAUGUUCCUGUGCUUCAACCUCCAUUACCCUUGGAAAUGCCACCUCCCCCACCUCCACCUCCAGAAUCACCUCCACCCCCUCCUCCACCACCUCCUCCUGUGGAAGAUGGUGAGAUCCAGGAGGUAGAGAUGGAGGAUGAGGGAAGUGAGGAGCCCCCUGCCCCAGGAACAGAGGAGGAUACCCCUUUGAAACCUUCAGCACAAACCACAGUUGUAACUACUCAGAAUUCAGUGGAUUCCACCAUUUCUAGUUCUCCUUCCACUAAAGGGAUAAAAAGGAAAGCUACAGAAAUUAGUACUGCAGUGGUUCAGAGGUCAGCUACCAUUGGCAGUUCUCCAGUUCUCUAUAGCCAGUCAGCUAUAGCUACAGGUCUCCAGGCAGCAGGGAUUGGAAACCAGGCGACAGGAAUUGGACAUCAGACAAUACCAGUCAGCCAUCCAGCAGCAGGAAUGGGUCAUCAGGCCAGAGGAAUGAGCCUGCAGCCAAAUUACCUUGGACUAGCGGCAGCACCUGCAAUUAUGAGUUAUGCAGAAUGUUCUGUCCCAAUUGGAGUGACUGCUCCCUCAUUGCAGCCAGUCCAGGCCCGAGGUGCUGUGCCUACCACUGCCAUUAUAGAACCACCACCACCUCCACCUCCUCCUCCUCCACCACCACCACCAGCUCCCAAAAUGCCACCACCUGAAAAGACAAAAAAAGGAAAGAAAGACAAGGCAAAGAAGAGUAAGACCAAAAUGCCAUCUUUGGUAAAGAAGUGGCAAAGUAUCCAGCGUGAGUUAGAUGAAGAGGACAAUUCUAGUUCCAGUGAAGAGGAUCGGGAAUCAACUGCACAGAAGCGAAUAGAAGAGUGGAAACAGCAGCAGCUGGUUAGUGGCAUGGCAGAGAGAAAUGCUAAUUUUGAAGCCCUUCCUGAGGAUUGGAGAGCAAGACUAAAGAGAAGGAAAAUGGCUCCAAACACAUAGUUUUUAAGUUUUUAAAACUUUUUUUGUAUUAUUUGUUUUGUGUUCAAAGUCUUAACCAGUUUUAUUGUUGUCAAAUAAACUACAAAUGUUAUGGGGGAGACCAUAGGAAUUUCCUGGGCAAGAGUAUAUAUAUGCCUACAAAGUUUCACUUCUGUGAAAUGUAAUUUUUCUGUUUUGCUAAAGGGUGAGGUGAUUGGAAUUGCUUUGACCAUGCAACACUGGCAAACUUAGCAUGUUAGGCACAUUAACCUCAUCAGUCUUGAAGAACAUGUGGCUCAUGAAUAUGACACCUUUGUAGAGGACUCCAUGACUUUUAAAAGUGAAGGAUUAACUUCUCCAAAACAAGUGCAAUUCAGAAGGCAGCUCUGCAUUCUACCUUGCUUGACUGGGAUUAUCUGGAUCUCUUUCUGGCCUCUGUAGUCGGCCACCCCUGAAGUACUGAGGUCUAAGUGAUUUACCUUGUGCUGAUAGAUGGCCACGCUCUUUAGAGUAGUUCUCAUAAAUUCUAGAACUGGUAGCUCAUUUCAAACACUAGGUGGCAUACAAACAGCAGCAUUGGCAGCAGGUGUUCAUGUCCUUGAUUUUGAGAAUUUCCCCUCAAGUAUGUGGCAGUAGAUGCAACAAGAGACAUUCUGUGUAUUAAUGUCUCCAUUGUCUUAACCCUGUUUCAAAACAAAAUUCACCUCCUUUCUUUAUGUGAAUGUAUUCUCCAUAAAAUUCCAGUAUUUAAAAAGCAGUUUACCAUUCUGUACUUUGUAUUGUAUCACAAUCAGGUAAAAGUCACUUUAAACUGAGGAAAAGACAAAUUGUGUUUUAAAGCUCUUUGUAUUUCUCCAGUUUCUGACCUUGUAAAUUUGUAUAUAUGCACUAAUAAAGCUUUUUUUAAUAAUUCUGA